AUGGCAAUGUCUUCCUCGACCGAGAUUCUCACCCUGACAACGGAAACCACCCAAUCCUCAAGCGAAUCAACCACUGAAACAGCCAAACACGCCAAGAAAAUCACACUCAAAACCUCAGACAACCAGAUCUUUGAAGUUGAAGAAUCUGUAGCAAUGGAAUUUGCCACGGUGAAAUCUUUCUUUGAAGACUCACCGUCAUCGACCGACACUGUGCCACUCCCUAAUGUUGCAGCCAAGCCAUUGUCCCAGGUUAUUGAAUUCUGCAAGGAACAAAUCAAGUUUAAAGCAAACCCAGAUGAAGCAGAGAAGAAAAAGUCUAAUGUAGAGUUUGUUAAAGAAAAGACAAACGAAGAUUUGGUGGAGAUUAUUCCUGUGGCUAACUAUUUAGAGAUUAAAGAUUUGCUUGAUGUGCUUAACCAGGCUGUUGCUGAUAGGAUUCAGAACAAGAGUGUUGCAUUUGUGAGAAACUUUUUCGGGAUUGACAAUGAUUUUACUGCCGAAGAAGAGGCUGCGCUUCGUCAAGAACAUGCUUGGGCUCAUGAAGGUGUUGAUGCGGACUAA